AGUCAUCACACGACGCCAUCAACAUCUUCCGAACCACACCAAGAGAAAUUUCUGUAAUACCACACCAUAAAGGUCACAGAGUUCCAUUUCAUACUAUCAAUUGGAAAAGAACAGAAAAAUCAACGUCAUGCCUUGCCCAUUUGACCUCCAGGCCGCCAUCCAGGGCGCCGACAACGAUGUGGCCGUCAUCAUCCCCUCCAAGCCGCAGGCGCUCACAGUCACCUACGCGGACCUGAAGCGUGAAACCGCUUCGUUCCAGAAGAAGCUGGCAGACAUUGGUAUCACCAAGGGCUCUCCGGUCUCCAUCGCCACCGUCAACUCGUACGAGUUCAUCGUCUCCUUCCUCGCCGCCUCCUGGCAGCGCGGCAUCGCCGCCCCUCUCAACCCGGCCUACAAGCAAGAUGAAUUCGAGUUCUACAUCGAGGACGUCAAGUCCGCCAUCGUGAUCGUCCCCAAGGGCGCCUACGCAGCCGGUGCUCCCGCCGUUAAGGCCGCGCAAAAGUUCAACGCCGCCAUUGCCGAAUCCUACUGGGACGCCGCCAAAAACGAAGUCGCUCUCGACGUCAAGGAACUCGGCCAACUCACCGGCAAGGGCGCCCAGCCCGUGUUGAAGCCAGAUGCCGACGACAUCGCCCUGGUCCUGCACACCAGCGGCACCACCUCGCGCCCCAAGGUCGUCCCGCUCACGCACCGCAACCUGACGCGCACCAUGAAGAACAUCCGCAACACCUACCAACUCACCUCUGCCGACCGAACCAUGCUCGUCAUGCCCCUCUUCCACGUCCACGGCCUGCUCUGCGGCCUUUUGGCCCCCCUCCUGACAGGCGGCAGCAUGAUCGUCCCCGCCAAAUUCUCCGCCACCGAUUUCUGGCCCGACUUCACUCAGUUCCAAGCAAACUGGUACACCGCCGUGCCCACCAUCCACCAAAUCCUCCUCAAGCACCCGGUCCCCAACCCUCUGCCCAAGAUCCGCUUCAUCCGCUCCUGCUCCUCCCCUUUAUCACCCACCGUCUUCCACAACCUCGAAAAGACCUUCCAGGCCCCUGUUCUCGAAGCCUACGCCAUGACCGAAGCCGCCCACCAAAUGACUUCCAACCCGCUUCCCUCCGUCGGCAAGCGCAAGCCCGGCACCGUCGGCCUCGGCCAAGGCGUGGAAGUGGUCAUUCUCGACGAUAAAGACAACAUCUUACCCGACGGACAAGAAGGCGAGAUCUCCAUCCGCGGCGAAAACGUCACCAAGGGGUACCUCAACAACCCCGAAGCCAACGCGUCCUCGUUCACGCGCAGGGGGGGCUACUUCCGCACGGGCGACCAGGGCAAGAAGGACGAGGACGGCUACAUUGUCAUCACGGGCCGCAUCAAGGAGCUGAUCAACAAGGGCGGCGAGAAGAUUUCGCCUAUUGAGCUGGAUAAUGUCCUGACGCGCCACCCGGCCGUUUCCGAGGCUGUUAGCUUUGCGAUCCCGGAUGAAAUGUAUGGACAGGAAGUCGCGGUGGCGAUUGUGUUGAAGCCUGGACAGAAGGCCAGUGCGGAGGAGUUCAAGAAGUGGGUGGGGAGCAAGCUGGCCAAGUUCAAGGUGCCCAAGAAGAUCUACUUUACGGAUGUGAUGCCCAAGACGGCGACGGGCAAGAUCCAGAGGAGGAUUGUGGCGGAGGAGAUGUUGAAGAAGGAGAGUAGGACUAUUCACAACUACAUGUCAGAAUGCGGGACAAUACUCGUUGAUGAAGAUAUGGUGACAGGGAGGUCUACCCACAUGGUUCAUAGAAGCCGCAAAGUCACUGUUGAAGAUGUUGAACAGAAUGAUGAUCGUGGACCGUGUCACUCAGUCACCACACAAGCAGCUUCUUGA